UUUAGCAAUCGAAUCCACCGUCAUGUUCCGUUAAAAUGUAUUUCGGUCCUGCAGUGUUUUCUAAGGGGGGUGGGGGCAGGGGCGAACCCACAUGCAAUCUACCAGUGCUCCGGCACCCAUGAAUCCCGAUGUAAAUUAUGUAUAUUGUACAGAAACUUUUCAAUGGAUAUAUAUAUUAAAUCAAAGGCACCUAGUGAAUGAAAAUCUUGAUGGGUGCUUUGGUUAGGUGGCUGGCGUGAAAGCUUAUUUGGGAAGAAGUGCCUGGCAUGAUACAAAUGUUUUGUAACUCAAGUCAUUUUUUUCUGCUUUAAAGUCAAACUUUUUCCUUCUUUUUGUCUUUUAUUUUCUUCCAACAAACUUUCUUUCUCCCCAUACAGAUUCUUCAAUUCCUUUACUUAUACUUUAUUUAUGGCUUUUCUUUUUAACUCAGUUUCAACUUGGUAAUUGCUCCUCCUCCUCUGUUAUACUUACUUUAGCUUUUGAUUUUCUUUUAUAUUCAUGUAAUUUCUUUUAACAAAGAAAAAGAAAAAACAGCGUUCUAAUUUUAAUUUAUUUUUUUAGAAGUCUGGCUAUUUGGUUAAUACAUCCUUCAAGCGAAUUCAUUUUUUCCUAAGAAGUGAAGAGUUUUUUAUUUUUAUUUUUUUUAAACGAUAAUGUCAAUUGUGUUUUUUUCAUUAACUUUUUAAACUACCGCGUUUAAAUAUUCAUGCACCUAUAAAGCUACACUAUGUGAUUUAUAAUAACUUUAUAUGAAAAGAAGAGCGUCUCACAAGCUUAAAAUUCUGGAUCCGCCACUGGAUUGGGAUGUGGGCAAGUUCCAAAUUAAAAACCAAUUUUUAUCGUUGAAUAAGACAGAGGCGGAUCCAGAAUUUUAGGCUUGUGGGUUUCCAGUAAACUUUAAGGAUGAGAGGGGUAUUUUUGACCCAAAAUAAAUUCGGAGGAUAUUUUUAACCCCUUUUAAAGUAAAGGGGUAUUUUUGAUCCUUUUCCCUUUUUUUAACCCUAAGUUUUUCUUAUUUCUCACUUAUUUUGUUACAAAUUUGAUUUGAAAUAUUGAAAUUUGGUAAACAAAAUCCAAUGCAAGGGUCCUUCCUUGCCAUCGAACCAGCCACACAUUCAGUUGUGGGUUCUCAUCUGAAAAUUGUUACACGCUUCCUAUAAUUUUCCCAUAUAAUUACAGGCUUGCUAUUGUAGAUCCGCCCUUGGAUUAAGAAAUCCACCAAACACCAAUAGUUAACAUAUCAAAAAGCCAUGGGGUUUCGUUUGUUACCUAUGAUUUCCGGUGCCAAACAAAUGUACAAACUCCAGUCGGCUCUAACAAGAAAUCAUUCAGAUGUUCCAAAAGGACAUUUUUCAGUUUAUGUAGGCAAGAGAGAGAAGAAACGAUAUGUAAUGCCCGUAACAUACCUGAAUCAUCCUUCUUUCCAAAACUUGUUAAGCAAAGCAGAAGAAGAGUUUGCAUUUCAUCAUCCGAUGGGUGGUCUAACAAUACCUUGCAAUGACGAUGACUUUUUCUAUGUAACUUCUCAAUUGUUUAUGAAAUCAAGAACCAUGAAAUAGUGUUCUAGACAUCGGAUUUGAGCUUAGAAUUUUCAAUUUUAGUUUUUUCAUCUUACCAGGCAAAUGUUGUAAAUUUAUGUACAAAGUCUUCAAGCAGAGAAUACAAAUGAAAUCUUUACCAUU